AUGAAUUUAGAUCAAUGCGCUUACGAGUUUUCUCACAAAAUUAUCUGUUACAGAAUCUUCUUUAGACGAAACACCAAUGAAACUCCAAAUAAUGUGGCACCUUCAACUCCGGUAUUCAGGCAUUUAUCAGUUUGUGAUACUGAAGAGCAAACAUCUAGUGGUGUCAGUAGAUCUAAUACGCCACAGCUCAGUAACACUUCGGGUCCAGAUUCUUCUGAUUGUUCGUCCAAUGAACCAUCCGGCAGGAUACGAAGAAAACGGCAGCGUCGUUAUGAUGAGUGGAAAGAUAUCAAAAGAAAACGUUUGAAAAAUUUAGGAAAAGCGUACUUAAGUAGAAAUGGAGUUCUAAGAGAUGGUAAAAUUUUAAAACCACCACAUCCAAUUACUUGCCGUCUUAAGUGCUAUCAAAAGUUUAAUGCACAAGACCGCAACCGCAUAUUUACUUCAUUCUGGCAAAUUGGCGAUCAUUGUAGACAAUGGGAUUACAUCGUCAAUCAUACCAAAGUAAACUUUACUAAUAAUUUUUCUAGACGAAAGAAGUCGAUAAAGUAUUGCUUACCCCUUCUGGAAUCAAACUCUGAUAUACCUAAUAAAGUAUCAGUCUGUAGAACAAUGUUCUUGAAUACACUAUCUGUAGGGGAGAGAACAGUUCAGACAGCAUUGGCAAAAUGGCGCUCUGUUAGUGGGUCUAUUUCUCCUGAUCGACGUGGUCGUGGUGACAACAAAACUAUUGUCAUAGACGAUGUGAAAAAACAGGGAGUUUUAAGGCAUGUCAAAUCUUUCAAACCAGUAGGAUCUCAUUACGUUCGCAAAAAAUCUACUAAAAUUUACUUAGAUAGUGAUCUUACAUUUCCCAAAAUAAUAUAUUUAAUAAUAAUACAACGGUAA